UUCUCAAUCACAACACACGCACACUCACACCUCGCCAUUUCCGGUUUCUAUAAUUCAACCUCAUUUCUCUCCCACUCGCUCUCUCUCUCUCGCGCGCACCCAAUCUCUCUCUCUCUCUCUCUGUCCACUGCCCGUCGCUGCAGUGGAGUCUCACGUCCCUGCCGGACCUUCAGACAUUGGCCACCUCAUUCGGGUGCGGGUAUGGGCACGGAUUCGAUGUUGUCCGAGGCCAACAGCUGCCUCGACGAGCAGAUCUCGCAGCUCAUGCAGUGCAAGCCGCUCUCCGAGCAACAGGUUAGGGCAUUAUGUGGCAAAGCCAAAGAGGUUCUAAUGGAUGAGAGUAAUGUACAGCCUGUGAAGAGUCCAGUUACAAUAUGCGGAGAUAUUCAUGGACAAUUUCAUGACCUUGCAGAACUUUUCCUAAUCGGAGGGAAGUGUCCAGACACCAAUUAUCUGUUUAUGGGAGAUUAUGUGGACCGGGGAUAUUAUUCUGUUGAAACUGUCACGUUAUUAGUGGCUCUAAAGGUUCGUUAUCCUCACCGGAUUACCAUUCUACGAGGAAAUCAUGAGAGUCGUCAGAUCACUCAGGUUUAUGGCUUUUAUGACGAAUGUUUAAGGAAGUAUGGCAAUGCUAAUGUAUGGAAGACGUUUACAGAUCUUUUUGACUAUUUUCCUUUGACUGCCUUGGUUGAGUCUGAAAUAUUUUGUCUACAUGGUGGGUUGUCCCCAUCCAUUGAAACCCUUGAUAACAUUCGAAACUUUGACCGUGUUCAAGAGGUUCCGCAUGAAGGCCCAAUGUGUGACUUGUUAUGGUCUGAUCCAGAUGAUCGAUGUGGCUGGGGGAUUUCACCUCGAGGCGCUGGGUAUACAUUUGGCCAGGACAUAUCUGAACAAUUCAAUCACAUGAAUAAUCUCAAGUUAAUAGCUAGAGCUCAUCAGCUGGUCAUGGAUGGAUUUAACUGGGCUCAUGAACAAAAGGUGGUUACGAUUUUUAGUGCGCCGAACUAUUGUUAUCGCUGUGGGAACAUGGCUUCAAUUUUAGAGGUUGAUGACUGCAGGAGUCAUACAUUUAUCCAGUUUGAGCCAGCACCCAGAAGAGGAGAACCUGAUGUCACCCGUAGAACGCCAGAUUACUUCUUAUGAAUCAGCUAAGUUGAAUCCUUCCCUGUAUACCGUAAUGGGUUGAGCAUGGUCGUUGAGGCCGAGAGAACCUGUGACUUAUGCUGCUGUGGAUUGAUGGCUUUGCCUGCGAGCCAGAACUUUUUCUAUAGAAACCCCUCCGAUUUGUAUUUGAAGAUCAAGACAUCCUCGAGAUACAAAGAUAUUCAACUUUCUUUUGCCCCUUCGGCCCCUUUCUCCAUAAUCUCUCAAGUAGUUUAAUUUUGUUACAACACUUCCCUAUUGUAGUAAAUUAUAGUGCUGGUGUUUUUCGUCCACUAGAUGUAAGCUAGUUCGUAUAUUAGUCCUUGUUAUGCUUGGAGAAGGCUGUUGAAACUAUUGGAAUUGUUGAUUUGUUACUUCUUUAUUUCAAGAAAUUUUAGUAUGAAGUAUCUUUUUGAUGAAU